AUGAACGCAGAACAGAAAGCCCGGAUAGAAGCAAACAGACAGAGAGCUCUGGAGAAGCUGAAGAAAAGAGGGAUCAUCCGCAGCGAGCAGGCCGAAAAGAUUGAGAGUCGUAAUGAACCCAGACCCAAGCCAGCUGCCCCCGAAUUAGCUCAGUCUGUCGCAGAAAACAAGGCCAAAGCCUUAGAGAGAUACAAACACCACCAGCAGAACCUUCGAGAUGCUUCCAGCAACAUAAACCAGUCGGUUGAACUCGACAAAAGCAGUGGUCGAAAAAGACCCUUAGACAGAAUCCGGCCGACUGUGAGGAAGCAAGACUACAUUGAAUAUGAUCUUGCGACGAUGAAGAACUCCUACGGUGGCUUUAUAAAUGCAGAAGAAGAUUUCAGCGAAGGACCAGAAAACAAAAAGCAACAGUCGUUAGAAGAAUGGCAAAAAGCUCAAAAAGAGAGGAAAGCUCUUUACGAAAACGCGCCGCCUCCCGAUCAUCCAUCACUGGCUCCCAGGUGUAUAGAAUGCCACAUCAAUACUGAACUGGACCCCUUACUCCAUGAUGUGUUCAAGCUUCAGAUUUGCAAGGCGUGCGCUAAAGCUAUCCCUGAGAAGUAUUCACUAUUGACAAAAACCGAGUGUAAGGAAGACUAUUUUUUGACCGAUCCAGAGCUGAACGAUCAGGAACUAUUUCAUAGAUUUGAGAAGCCAAAUCCUCACUCGGGUACGUUCGCAAGGAUGCAGUUAUUUGUGCGAUGUGAAGUCGAGGAAUUUGCCUACAAGAAAUGGGGGGGUGAAGAGGGUCUGGAUAAUGAGUGGCAACGGAGGGAAGAAGGAAAAGCACAACGGCGUGAAAAAAAAUACCAAGCUAAGAUGAAAGAAAUGAGAGUAAAAACUAGGGCUCAAGAAUAUACUAAAAAGCUUCUCGAACGGAAGCACGGAAAAGAGCAUGUGCACGAAUUUUCUACAGCUAUUGACGGAGGAUUGAACGAAGAAGGAAUUAAGCUUUCAAAGCGUCGCUGUAUUGGCUGUGGCUUGGAAGUUAACGAAAUCGCACUUUGA